AUGGAACCUAAUAUAGAUGAAAAUAAAAUAAUAAGUAGUAAUAAUAUAAAUAAUAACAAUAUAAAAAGAACAAGUCCAACAACAAAACCAAUAGUUGUAGAAAUAAUAAAGUCCAAUUUAGAUAAAAGUUCAAAUCAAAAUGAUAAUUUGAAAACACAGACAACAAAUCAAAAAUUAAAUACAGAAAUAUCUAUUGAUAUUCCAGAUAAUCAUAUUAGUAAUAAAUCAAGUUCUAUUGGAUCUUUUAAUGGAGUAGCUAGAUAUAGUAAAAAUAUUUAUAAAUGGAUUCAAACAAAUUCCAUUUUGUUUCAAUGGAAAUUGGAAGAAGAAUUUAAAUUCCAAAAAUUACCAAUCACAAUGAUGAGUUACCAAAUGAUAAUAUCAUCAUUCCUAUCCUGUCUAUGUAUAUUUGUUCUCAAACUCACCCCCUACACCCCAUUGAAAUUAAGUGAUUUCUUUUUUAAAAUGGGUCCAUUUACCCUUUUACAUUCUCUCAAUCAUAUAAUCAAUGCUUUGAUUCCAUCUCAAUCCGUUGGCAUGACAAGGACUUUGACUCCAAUUAUAACAGUUUUUCUUCAAUAUUUAGUACUACAUGUUACUUUUGAAAGUGGCGUAUAUAUUUCUGUUCUGAUCUUCUCAACAGGAGUAUCAUUUAUGUAUUUAGGAAGUACGUCAAUUGAAUUCUUUGCCAAUCCAUCGGUAUUAGGAAUUUCUUUUGCCAUUGCUUCACUUCUUUCCUUCCAGACAGUGUAUGCUCAUAGAUUGUUUUCAACUUGGUUGAAACCAAUAGAUCCUUUGACUAUUAUGCUUUAUUUCUCUCCAGGAAGUCUAAUGAUUCUCAUUCCUUCUUCAUUAGUAUUUGAAAGUAAUGAAAUUCAAUCAUAUCUUUCUACAAUUUCAAAUACUAAAGAUCUUGUAACAAUGAUAUCUCUAGGUGGAAUUGUAACAUUUUUUACUUUUUAUAUGACCUUUAGUAUAAAUAAAAGAUAUGAUAUCCUUACAAUGGCAUUGGCAAGAAAUUCAAAAUAUAUGAUCCUUAAGGUUCAUAGUCAUGGUGUAUUCCAAUUCUUUCAAAUUUGGAAUAACUUUGUUGGUCUGAUAUUAUGUUUUUAUGGAAUCCUUAAAUAUAAAAAAGUUAAUAUUGAACCAAUUAAUUUAUCAAAAUCAAAGAAAUCAGAACAUACAGCUCAAUCUUAA